AUGGAUUUUGUGAAGGUGAAAUGGGAUCUGAGGAAGUCACAGUUUGGUAAGGGCCCAGGACAGAUUGUCCUGGAUGACGUGCGUUGCUCAGGAAAUGAAUCCUACCUAUGGCCAUGGGGAAGACACCAGCGUCAUAUGCUGGGGGGGGCGGGGAGAGAGUGGACGAGGGCUUUCCACUGUGUCAAUGCAGGUUUGCCUCUGAGGCUGGUGAAUGGAAGUGACCGGUGUCAGGGUCGUGUGGAGGUCCUGUACCAAGGCUACUGGGGCACUGUGUGUGACGAUGACUGGGACACCCAGGAUGCAGAUGUCGUCUGUCGGCAGCUUGGGCGUGGCCUUGCAGUGUCGGCACCAGGAGGGGCCCACUUUGGUCAGGGCUCAGGGAACAUUCUCUUGGGCUUUGUAUACUGCUCAGGAUGGGAGCCCUACCUGUCGAGCUGCUCCCACAGCGGGUGGUACAACCACGAAUGUGGCCACAGGGAAGAUGCCGGAGUUGUGUGCUCAGGCCAGGAAGAAGCCCCUGGGUCUUCUCAACGUUUUAAGCUUAUGAGCUUAAGAUACAGAUGGAGGACGAUUUCUGUUCUUUAUCCCUCAGGGACUGAGUCAGGGUUGGCCCUGAGGCUGCUGAGCGGAGGGGACCGGUGUCAGGGCCGCGUGGAGGUCCUGUACCGAGGCUCCUGGGGCACCGUGUGUGACGACGACUGGGACGCCAAUGACGCCAACGUGGUCUGCAGGCAGCUGGGCUGUGGCUGGGCCACUUCGGCCCCUGGAAGUGCCCGUUUUGGUCAAGGCUCAGGGCCCAUUGUGCUGGACAACGUGGACUGCUCCGGCCAUGAGUCCUACCUGUGGAGCUGCCCUCACAAUGGCUGGAACUCGCACAACUGUGGCCAUGGAGAAGAUGCUGGUGUCAUCUGCUCAGGGACUGAGUCAGGUUUGGCCCUGAGGCUGGUGAGCGGAGGGGACCGGUGUCAGGGCCGCGUGGAGGUCCUGUACCGAGGCUCCUGGGGCACCGUGUGUGACGACGACUGGGACGCCAAUGACGCCAACGUGGUCUGCAGGCAGCUGGGCUGUGGCUGGGCCACUUCGGCCCCUGGAAGUGCCCGUUUUGGUCAAGGCUCAGGGCCCAUUGUGCUGGACAACGUGGGCUGCUUCGGCCAUGAGUCCUACCUGUGGAGCUGCCCUCACAAUGGCUGGAACUCGCACAACUGUGGCCAUGGAGAAGAUGCUGGUGUCAUCUGCUCAGGGACUGAGUCAGGUUUCGCCCUGAGGCUGGUAAACGGAGGGGACCGGUGUCAGGGCCGCGUGGAGGUCCUGUACCGAGGCUCCUGGGGCACCGUGUGUGACGACGGCUGGGACACCAAUGACGCCAACGUGGUCUGCAGGCAGCUGGAGUGUGGCUGGGCCAUGUCGGCCCCAGGAAAUGCCCGGUUUGGUGAGGGCUCAGGGCCCAUUGUUCUGGAUGACAUGCGCUGCUCUGGCCAUGAGUCCUACCUGUGGAGCUGCUCUCACAAUGGCUGGAACUCGCACAACUGCAGGCACUCGGAAGAUGCGGGCGUCAUCUGCUCAGGCACCUGGCCCACCUCAUCCAUACCUGUAGGAAUAACAACAGGGAAUGAAACGGGUUUGGCGCUGAGGCUGGUGAACGGAGGGGACCGGUGUCAGGGCCGCGUGGAGGUCCUGUACCGAGGCUCCUGGGGCACCGUGUGUGACGACAGCUGGGACACCAAUGACGCCAACGUGGUCUGCAGGCAGCUGGGCUGUGGCUGGGCCACUUCGGCCCCUGGAAGUGCCCGGUUUGGUGAGGGCUCAGGGCCCAUUGUGCUGGACGACGUGGGCUGCUCUGGGCAUGAGUCCUACCUGUGGCGCUGCCCCCACAGUGGCUGGAACUCGCACAACUGCAGGCACUCGGAGGAUGCGGGCGUCAUCUGCUCAGGUGAACCUCAAAAAUACCCGGCAGGAUCAUCUGCUGAGUCCACACCCCUCUUCCCAGGGAAUGAAACGGGUUUGGCGCUGAGGCUGGUGAACGGAGGGGACCGGUGUCAGGGCCGCGUGGAGGUCCUGUACCGAGGCUCCUGGGGCACCGUGUGUGACGACAGCUGGGACACCAAUGACGCCAACGUGGUCUGCAGGCAGCUGGGCUGUGGCUGGGCCACUUCGGCCCCUGGAAGUGCCCGGUUUGGUGAGGGCUCAGGGCCCAUUGUGCUGGACGACGUGGGCUGCUCUGGGCAUGAGUCCUACCUGUGGCGCUGCCCCCACAGUGGCUGGAACUCGCACAACUGCAGGCACUCGGAGGAUGCGGGCGUCAUCUGCUCAGCUGCUUGGCCGCAGUCCACAACCCAGCCAGGGAAUGAAACGGGUUUGGCGCUGAGGCUGGUGAACGGAGGGGACCGGUGUCAGGGCCGCGUGGAGGUCCUGUACCGAGGCUCCUGGGGCACCGUGUGUGACGACAGCUGGGACACCAAUGACGCCAACGUGGUCUGCAGGCAGCUGGGCUGUGGCUGGGCCACUUCGGCCCCUGGAAGUGCCCGGUUUGGUGAGGGCUCAGGGCCCAUUGUGCUGGACGACGUGGGCUGCUCUGGGCAUGAGUCCUACCUGUGGCGCUGCCCCCACAGUGGCUGGAACUCGCACAACUGCAGGCACUCGGAGGAUGCGGGCGUCAUCUGCUCAGGUGAACCUCAAAAAUACCCGGCAGGAUCAUCUGCUGAGUCCACACCCCUCUUCCCAGGGAAUGAAACGGGUUUGGCGCUGAGGCUGGUGAACGGAGGGGACCGGUGUCAGGGCCGCGUGGAGGUCCUGUACCGAGGCUCCUGGGGCACCGUGUGUGACGACAGCUGGGACACCAAUGACGCCAACGUGGUCUGCAGGCAGCUGGGCUGUGGCUGGGCCACUUCGGCCCCUGGAAGUGCCCGGUUUGGUGAGGGCUCAGGGCCCAUUGUGCUGGACGACGUGGGCUGCUCUGGGCAUGAGUCCUACCUGUGGCGCUGCCCCCACAGUGGCUGGAACUCGCACAACUGCAGGCACUCGGAGGAUGCGGGCGUCAUCUGCUCAGCUGCUUGGCCGCAGUCCACAACCCAGCCAGGGAAUGAAACGGGUUUGGCGCUGAGGCUGGUGAACGGAGGGGACCGGUGUCAGGGCCGCGUGGAGGUCCUGUACCGAGGCUCCUGGGGCACCGUGUGUGACGACAGCUGGGACACCAAUGACGCCAACGUGGUCUGCAGGCAGCUGGGCUGUGGCUGGGCCACUUCGGCCCCUGGAAGUGCCCGGUUUGGUGAGGGCUCAGGGCCCAUUGUGCUGGACGACGUGGGCUGCUCUGGGCAUGAGUCCUACCUGUGGCGCUGCCCCCACAGUGGCUGGAACUCGCACAACUGCAGGCACUCGGAGGAUGCGGGCGUCAUCUGCUCAGGUGAACCUCAAAAAUACCCGGCAGGAUCAUCUGCUGAGUCCACACCCCUCUUCCCAGGGAAUGAAACGGGUUUGGCGCUGAGGCUGGUGAACGGAGGGGACCGGUGUCAGGGCCGCGUGGAGGUCCUGUACCGAGGCUCCUGGGGCACCGUGUGUGACGACGGCUGGGACACCAAUGACGCCAACGUGGUCUGCAGGCAGCUGGGCUGUGGCUGGGCCACUUCGGCCCCUGGAAGUGCCCGGUUUGGUGAGGGCUCAGGGCCCAUUGUGCUGGACGACGUGGGCUGCUCUGGGCAUGAGUCCUACCUGUGGCGCUGCCCCCACAGUGGCUGGAACUCGCACAACUGCAGGCACUCGGAGGAUGCGGGCGUCAUCUGCUCAGCUGCUUGGCCGCAGUCCACAACCCAGCCAGGGAAUGAAACGGGUUUGGCGCUGAGGCUGGUGAACGGAGGGGACCGGUGUCAGGGCCGCGUGGAGGUCCUGUACCGAGGCUCCUGGGGCACCGUGUGUGACGACAGCUGGGACACCAAUGACGCCAACGUGGUCUGCAGGCAGCUGGGCUGUGGCUGGGCCACUUCGGCCCCUGGAAGUGCCCGGUUUGGUGAGGGCUCAGGGCCCAUUGUGCUGGACGACGUGGGCUGUUCUGGGCAUGAGUCCUACCUGUGGCGCUGCCCCCACAGUGGCUGGAACUCGCACAACUGCAGGCACUCGGAGGAUGCGGGCGUCAUCUGCUCAGGUGAACCUCAAAAAUACCCGGCAGGAUCAUCUGCUGAGUCCACACCCCUCUUCCCAGGGAAUGAAACGGGUUUGGCGCUGAGGCUGGUGAACGGAGGGGACCGGUGUCAGGGCCGCGUGGAGGUCCUGUACCGAGGCUCCUGGGGCACCGUGUGUGAUGACGGCUGGGACACCAAUGACGCCAACGUGGUCUGCAGGCAGCUGGGCUGUGGCUGGGCCACUUCGGCCCCUGGAAGUGCCCGGUUUGGUGAGGGCUCAGGGCCCAUUGUGCUGGACGACGUGGGCUGCUCUGGGCAUGAGUCCUACCUGUGGCGCUGCCCCCACAGUGGCUGGAACUCGCACAACUGCAGGCACUCGGAGGAUGCGGGCGUCAUCUGCUCAGCUGCUUGGCCGCAGUCCACAACCCAGCCAGGCACCUGGCCCACCUCAUCCAUACCUGUAGGAAUAACAACAGGGAAUGAAGCAGGUUUGGCGCUGAGGCUGGUGAACGGAGGGGACCGGUGUCAGGGCCGCGUGGAGGUCCUGUACCGAGGCUCCUGGGGCACCGUGUGUGACGACGGCUGGGACACCAAUGACGCCAACGUGGUCUGCAGGCAGCUGGAGUGUGGCUGGGCCAUGUCGGCCCCAGGAAAUGCCCGGUUUGGUGAGGGCUCAGGGCCCAUUGUUCUGGAUGACAUGCGCUGCUCUGGCCAUGAGUCCUACCUGUGGCGCUGCCCCCACAGUGGCUGGAACUCGCACAACUGCAGGCACUCGGAGGAUGCGGGCGUCAUCUGCUCAGAUUGGUGGCACCCAUCAACUAUAACUAGUAAUAGACCCUUUUUAGAUUGUGGCGGCUUCUUAUUCAAUGCCAGUGGGGCAUUUUCCAGCCCAUCCUACCCUGGAUACUACCCCAACAACGCCGAAUGUGUCUGGGAAAUAGAAGUGAACUCUGGCUACCGCAUCAGUCUGGGCUUCAGUCAUCUGCAGCUGGAGACGCAUAGAAAUUGCGAUUUUGAUUAUGUUGAAAUUUCUGAUGGAUCACUGAAUAGCAGUAACUUGCUGGGGAAAAUUUGUAAUGACACCAGGCAAAUAUUCACAUCUUCUUACAACCGAAUGAUUGUUCGUUUUCGAAGUGAUGUCAGUGUCCAAAACACCGGCUUUUCUGCUUGGUAUAACUCCUUUCCUAGAGAUGCCGGCUUGAGAUUAGUCAAUUCAAAUGUCUCCUAUAAUGCAUGUGCCGGGCGUGUGGAAAUUUACCACGGUGGCACGUGGGGGACGGUGUGUGACGAUUCCUGGGGCAUUCAGGAUGCCCAGGUGGUCUGCAGACAGCUGGAGUGUGGAUAUGCAGUAUCCGCUGUGGGAAACGCCUAUUUUGGGCCCGGCUCUGGCCCCAUCACCCUGGACGACGUGGUGUGCUCAGGGACUGAAUCUACUCUCUGGCAGUGCCGGAACCGAGGCUGGUUCUCCCAUAACUGUGCCCACAGUGAAGACGCUGGAGUCAUUUGCUCAGGUACCAUGUGGCGUCAUUCGUGGAAGGCCCCUUUCACCUCCAACCUGCUGCAGGGUGAAACAGAUUAUUCCUGCGGAGGCUUCCUGUCCCAGCCAUCUGGGUACUUUUCCAGCCCAUUCUAUCCAGGGAACUAUCCAAACAACGCCAGAUGUGUGUGGGACAUUGAAGUCCAAAGUAACUACCGUGUGACUGUUGUCUUCAGAGAUGUCCAGCUUGAAGGUGGCUGUAACUACGACUAUAUUGAAGUGUUCAAUGGCCCCUCCCACAGUUCCCCUCUGAUUGCCCGCGUUUGUGAUGGAACCAAGGGCUCCCUCAGUUCCUCAUCGAACUUCAUGUCCAUUCGCUUCGUCAGCGAUGGCAGCAUCACGAAGAGGGGCUUCCAGGCCAGCUACUACUCCAGCCCUUCUGAAGAUAACACCAAGCUGCUUUGUCUGCCAAACCACAUGCAAGCCAGUGUGAGCAGGAGCUACCUCCAAUCCCUGGGCUAUUCUGCCAAGGACCUUAUCAUUCCCACCUGGAAUGAAAGCUCCCAGUGUCAGCCCCAAAUAACAGCCAGCCAGGUGACAUUCACAAUUCCCUACUCGAGCUGCGGCACCAUCGAGCAGGUAGAUAAUGAUACCAUCACCUAUUCCAACUUCCUCAAAGUAGCUGUUCCAAGUGCCAUCAUCCAGAGGAAGAAGGAUCUCCACAUUCACAUCAGCUGCAAAAUGCUCCAGAACACCUGGGUUAACACCAUAUACAUUGCUAAUGACACCAUCGAGGUCGAUGAAGUGCAGUACGGCAAUUUUGACGUGAACAUUUCCUUUUAUACAUCUUCUUCAUUUUUACAUCCGGUGACCAGCAGCCCAUACUAUGUGGACCUGAACCAGAACUUGUACCUUCAGGCUGAGAUCAUCCAUUCUGACACCUCCUUGUCCUUGUUUGUGGAUACCUGUGUGGCGUCCCCAUAUUCCAACGACUUUACAUCUCUGACUUACGAUCUAAUCCGGAGUGGGUGCGUGAAGGACAACACCUACCAAUCGUACCCUCAGCCGUCGCCUCGCAUCACCCGCCUCAAAUUCAGUUCCUUCUACUUCCUGAGGCGCUUCCCCUCCGUGUACCUGCAGUGUAAGAUGGUGGUGUGCAGGACUGACGACUACUUCUCCCGCUGCCGCAGAGGCUGCAUCCUGAGGUCCAAGAGGGACGUGGGCUCCUACCAGGAGAAGGUGGACGUCGUCCUGGGACCCAUUCAGCUGCAGGUCCCGCACACCGAGAAGAGGAACCUGGACCUGCCACUGACUGAUGUGGGAAAGCAGGCCAGCCCUGAGGGGAGCUGCCACAGCCCUGCCAUCUCUGCUGGGGCCUUCCUGGCCGUGGUGGCCUUCACCUUGGGGAUGAGCACCCUCACAGCCAGUGGCUGGCCUCUGAGCCCUAAGAUGUGA